UCGUUUUCACCCCGCCCACCUCGGCUACUGUGGAGAGAAAAACAGAGAGGGGAGAGAGAGCUGCAUCAACGAAAUCGAGCUUUCGGUUUUCUCUGCUUCUGAUACAGUUCUGCCAUGGAAACCCUGGCUUCUCAGCUCACUUCGACGCUUCGUUUGCCUUCGAUGGUGUCUGUAAGCUUUAAUGGCAGACUCUCAAGCUCCAUUGUUCUCACAAAACCGAGCUCGCGUGUCCAUACAUUCAGAUGCUCAGCACUAUCAUCGCCUUCUUUAGUGGAUCAAUCGGAAAGAUUUUCGGAAGCUUCGAAGAAGGGAAAUUUAAUUCCUCUGUAUCGAACAAUAUUCUCGGAUCACUUAACUCCGGUACUUGCAUACCGAUGUCUGGUUAAGGAGGAUGAUAGAGAUGCUCCAAGCUUUCUGUUUGAGUCCGUUGAGCCGGGUUUGAGAGCUUCCAGUAUUGUAAUCCCUUUUUUCUUUGUGGUUGGAGCUCAGCCCGCGAUUGAAAUAGUUGCGAAAGAGAAUAUGGUUACGAUUCUCGACCACGAGGAAGGAUGUAGAACAGAGGAGAUUGUUGAGGAUCCGAUGAUUGUUCCUCGGAGACUAAUGGAGGGAUGGACACCUCAGCUUGUCGAUGAACUUCCAGAAGCAUUUUGUGGUGGAUGGGUUGGUUUUUUCUCAUAUGAUACUGUGCGCUAUGUGGAGAAGAAAAAACUACCAUUUUCUUCUGCCCCUCUGGAUGACAGAAAUCUUCCCGAUGUUCAUCUAGGCCUUUAUGAUGACGUGAUUGUUUUUGAUCAUGUGGAGAAGAAAGCAUAUGUCAUUCACUGGGUGCGAUUAGGUCGAUAUUCUUCUGUUGAGGAGGCCUUUAAUGAUGGAAUGGACCGAUUGGAAGCAUUAGUAUCUAGAGUGCAUGAUGUAGUCACCCCGAGGCUGCCUGCAGGCUCAAUAAAUUUGCAUACCCAUCUGUUUGGUUCUAAAUUGGAAAAUUCAAGCAUGACAAGUGAGGAAUACAAGGAGGCUGUUUUGAAAGCGAAAGAGCAUAUAUUGGCUGGUGAUAUAUUCCAGAUUGUGUUGAGUCAGCGUUUUGAAAGAAGAACAUUUGCAGAUCCGUUUGAAGUGUAUAGAGCAUUAAGGAUUGUCAACCCAAGUCCGUAUAUGACUUAUUUGCAGGCUAGAGGAUGUAUUCUGGUUGCUUCAAGUCCUGAAAUUCUCACUUGUGUGAAGAAGAAAAAGAUCACUAACCGGCCCCUUGCUGGGACGAUUAGAAGAGGCAAGACACCUAAAGAAGACCUAAUGUUGGAAAAGCAGCUUUUAGAUGAUGAAAAGCAAUGCGCAGAGCACAUCAUGCUGGUAGACUUGGGGAGGAAUGAUGUUGGGAAGGUCUCCAAGCCUGGUUCUGUCAAGGUUGAAAAACUCAUGAACAUUGAGCGAUAUUCCCAUGUUAUGCAUAUCAGUUCAACGGUAACUGGGGAGUUAUUAGAUGAUUUGACAAGCUGGGAUGUUUUGCGUGCGGCAUUACCUGUUGGGACAGUCAGUGGAGCACCAAAGGUAAAAGCCAUGGAGCUAAUUGAUGAGCUGGAAGUGACGAGACGUGGGGCUUACAGUGGCGGGUUUGGAGGCAUUUCUUUUAAUGGGGACAUGGACAUUGCCCUUGCUCUGAGAACCAUUGUUUUCCCAACUAGCACCCGUUAUGAUACAAUGUUUUCAUACAAGGAUGUAAACAACCGCCGAGAGUGGGUUGCCCACCUUCAAGCUGGAGCUGGAAUUGUGGCCGACAGUGAUCCCUCUGAUGAGCAGAGAGAAUGCGAGAAUAAAGCUGCUGCACUUGCCCGUGCAAUUGAUCUUGCAGAGUCUUCAUUUGUUGACAAAUCGUAAACAAGAUCCAGUAAUAGCUGUGGAUCUGUUAUUUUUCUUGGUAGCUCCAUUUCACUAGAAGGAUUUAAGGAUGCAGCUCAAUAUGGGGAUAAUCGGAGAUUCUGAAGGCCAGAAAGAGACGUGGUGAAACACCGUUGUGCGCUUCAAGUCCAUUUUCAUGAGAUGUGUAGUUAAGAACUUUCGUUUUGAAUUUUGCCAGUGAUAAACUUCUUUCUGGAAAGCUAGGAAUUCCUUUUUGCUUCGUCUUUCUUUUCGAUAGUCAUAUUUGUUAACGGUGAUUUCUCGUCAACAAAAACAGGCCGGGUUACCUUGGGUUUCCCGUUGGAUUACCGGUCCUAGUGUUGAAUGUGUGUGAGAAUUUGUUGGAGGGGUGUAUUGUGGGUUAAUGAAAGACGUGCACAAAUAAAGAACACGAGAGAUUUUAUAGUA